UAUGUGAGCUAUUCGUGGGGGCGGUUUUUUUGUGCCUCCUCUUCAACUUUAAGCCAUGAAAGUGCGAAUCACGACCUCAGCCUUUAGAAACAAUCCCAGCUAACAUUUCUGUCGUCGUGGAGACCCCCGAUUUCCGAUCACUUCCGGGAUUUACCGAACUGUACGCUUCAUUUCUUCAUGAGUGGAGAAAAAUGGCUUUUGAAUUGUCCGAAGAUCAGUUAAAAACAGCGGAAAACGAGCUGAAGAGAUAUUUACCUAUGUCGCAGCAGGUUUACGGUUUCCUGGUGCUCAGAAACAGAGUCAGAUCCGACCCUGUACGGGUUUUAGUGGACAGGUGGCCACAGUUCCGCGUCAUUGUGUGCAAACCACACGUUGAACAGAAGAGUGACCUCUUCAAAGAUACAGUGCUUUUUGCAACUGAUGCUGCUGUUCUAGAGGAAAUCCUCAGCAAGUCAUCUGUUAUUGACUGGAGCAAGUACUUUUGUGUUGGAACCAGUGUUUCCCACACUGAGAUAUUCAAAGCAGUGGCAUCAGCAAAGGGUGUACCCUGUAAAAGAGUGGCAACAUGUUACUUGAUGACACUGGAAGAUGUGAGCAGGCUUCCGUCUGUAGACAGUUCAGGGAUAUCAAUAAGCUCUCUUGAUGAAUCGCACAUUGGCUUGGUGAACCAAACGUGGAAGUUUGGAAAGGACGAUGUGGCCGUUGCGAUGAUCCGCAACAUGAUUGCAAACUUCCCCUCCUGCUGCGUGCUGGAUGCAGAAAGAAAGCCUGUGUCCUGGAUUCUGACCUAUGCAUCAUGCGCUAUAGGAAUGCUUUACACGCUGCCAGAGCACAGAGGGAAAGGCUAUGCCAAAAUCCUGGUCAGCAGCUUGGCCAAGAGGAAUCAUGCACUGGGCUACCCAGUUUACAGCUUCGUAGAAGAGGAGAAUGCUGUGUCCUACAGGCUCUUUGCAAACCUGGGCUUCACUGAAGAUCCCUCUUACAGGGAAGCCUGGUUUGAAUUCAAUAAAUUUCAAAUAUUUCAAUGAGGGACAGAGUAGAAGUAAAACAAAAUUACACCACACCUUUUUCUAUUAAUAAGUUAAAGUCACAAUGUGAGCCAAUUCUUUUAGAAAACAGUUGGAAUAAAGACGAUUGCCAGAUUGUUGGGUUAGUAGCUCUUUUUUGGCCCUCUUAAUGCCCUGGAACAUUUCUCUCAUUUAUAAAAAGUGUGAUCAUUUCUGGUCUGUUAUCUAUUAUGACUGUAUAGCCUCUUAAGUGUACAGAAAAUCUCCUGGAAAAAUUGCAUUAAACCUGGACUGUAAAAAUUAAAGAGUAAGUGAAGUAGACGUUGAUUGACAAAAAUAAUACAAACGUAGCAGUCCCAGACUGCGUACCACAGAUAAGGUUGAUAAUUGCAUGCAUGUUCUGAGUGUCUGGAUCCAGUAGGAUCCACAUCUGGAUCUGAAUGAGUAUGUGAUUUCUUGGAGAAGACACUAAUUUCUUGGGGCUUGCUUUUGGGUCAGAAAAGGCACCUGUAAGUAGCUUUAUUUUCAAGUUAACUUCUUCCAAUUUCAAUUUGAUAUAUAUUUGUGAAAAUAUGGUGUGAAAUGUCCAGUUUCCCCCUAUUUCAGAAUAGUAAAGAACCUUUCCACAACUUCCUGGAUCAGCUCUAAAAGUAAUCUUCUCUAAGCAGGCUCAGUCCCCACCAUUGAUAACUUUUUGCUAAGAAACAAUCAAAUCAAUCACAUUACCUGCACGACAGAGAUAAUGAUGUAAGCUUUUAUUAAAUUAAAGCAUUUAAAGGAGAAGUAGAAAUAAAACCGAGCUGCACUGAUUUGUACUCAGUAGCUUCAUAUUGUUCAUUAAGCUGCUUUCUUUAAGGGGGUCACCACACCGGAUCAUUAACCUCAAUCCGAGCUUUGGCCACUUUGUUAUGGAAUUACCCUGAUCUGCAUAAAGACUUUCUUCCUGGGUUCCUGACACAACCCUUUGCAUUUAUCUGGCUAAAUCAGCUCUGAAUAAUACAAAACAACUAACGUUAUAAUAUCAUUAAGUACAAACAUUUCAAACUAAAGCUAAUAUGCUUCUAAAAAUUGGGACAGUUUAGUACUUCAUUAAAAACUGAGGGGACCAAAUAAAGCUAGCUGGUCUGUGUAACCUAGACAUGAGGUAGGCAAGACUUGAGGAACCAAUUAAUGUUCAUAUCUGAGUAAAUAUGAGACAGUUAUGUCAUCUGCUGGUGAGGACAGCUGAGUGAGGUUAAUUAUGUUAUAAGAGGAGUAAUGAGGUGGAAGAAACUUAUUUUAUUUGGCAGCUUUAUAAGCCAAAGCAGGGUCACCAAAUUCAAUAAGGUGACCCAAUAAAAUGAUUCCCCAGGCAAUGAGUGCUUACAAUCAAACAUCACAGGAGCCAAAAGAUUUAACAAAAAGAACAAUGAAAGUCGCUCUUGGUGUUUGCUGGCUUGUAUAACAAUGAUUAGCAAAAGUGUAUCCCUCACAACUUCUCCUUUUCUUCUGCUGUGCAAUAAAGAAGUGGUUUAUUGUCGGAUGUCUUUCCCACGUAUAUGAUGCGCAUUAAUUUGCAAUUAAUACUCUCCAUGGUUCUCCAAAGUAAAAAACAUUUAAUUGUUA